UUAUUGAGCACAACUGCUGGAAAUGUUGGGUGGGGUUAGAAAACGAAUGAGACAACAGAUUCACCGUCGGGGAGGCCGGAGGAAGCAAGAGUUCGUGACAAUUAAAAAUUCAACUGUGUGCGUCCCAUACAGCUUCCUUUCCAGUGAUCGAUCUCGGAGAAGAACGUGAAGUUCUGCUAACCAAACACUUCUGCCACAAACUCUAACCCUAUCUCCAUCUACUCAAUUCAUACAAUCGCCACCUCCACUCUGGGAUCUGAAACAGCCACUCACUAAUUUCAACUCCGCUACUGAGAUUCAGCUUUCGCCCGGCUGAAAACUGCAUUUAUCUUAUCACGAUCGGAAAUCGAGCCAGAAGAUGAGGCGGAGGCCACCGGAUUUCCGAAGGCCCGCGAGGAGAAGAUUAUCGAACGCCUUUUGGUGGACUCUGUGUUUUGUUGCGGUUUUGCUCUUCGUUUUCAUUCUCAGCAGAGGGAGUCAGAUUGAGUCCAGGCCCGCAAUAACUAGGAGAUCAUACAGACACGACAGAAUAAUGGAAGGCCUCAACAUUACUGAAGAAAUGCUGAACCCCAGUUCUAUUGCCCGGCAACUCAGUGACCAAAUUUCUCUUGCAAAAGCAUUUGUUGUGAUUGCAAAGGAGAGCAACAAUCUUCAGUUUGCUUGGGAAUUAAGCGCCCAAAUCCGCAAUUCACAAAUUCUCCUUUCAAAUGCUGCAACUAGGAGAGCACCUCUGAGCACUACAGAAGCCGAAACUGCAAUACACGAGAUGGCACUGUUGCUCUACCAAGCCCAGCAACUUCAUUAUGAUAGUGCAACCAUGAUCAUGAGGCUGAAAGCUAAAAUUCAGACUCUUGAUGAGCAAAUGAGCUCUGUCAGCGACAAAAGUUCAAAAUAUGGACAGAUUGCUGCUGAAGAAGUCCCCAAAAGUCUGUACUGCCUUGGUGUUCGCUUGACCACUGAAUGGUUCAGAAACUUAAAUAUACAAAGGAAGCUCAAUGAAAAGAAUCAAAUGGAUAUGAAACUUAAAGAUAAUGGUCUCUAUCAUUUCUGUGUAUUCUCUGACAACAUCCUGGCCACUUCAGUUGUUGUCAACUCGACUGCGUUGAAUUCAAAAAAUCCUUAUAGGAUUGUUUUCCAUCUUGUAACUGAUGAGGUCAAUUAUGCAGCGAUGAAGGCCUGGUUUUCAAUGAACAAUUUUAGAAGGGUGACUGUUGAUGUUCUAAAGUUUGAGGAUUUUAGCUGGUUAAAUGCUUCUUAUGUCCCAGUACUCAAGCAACUCCAAGACUCGGAUACUCAGAACUAUUAUUUUUCAGGUAGUGGUGGCGAUGGUCGGACUCCCAUCAAAUUUCGGAAUCCCAAAUAUCUUUCAAUGCUCAACCAUCUCAGGUUUUACAUUCCGGAAGUUUUUCCUGCUCUCGAAAAAGUGGUUUUUCUUGAUGAUGAUGUUGUGGUCCAGAGAGAUCUUUCUGAUCUUUUCAGCAUUGAUUUAAACGGCAACGUAAAUGGAGCCGUCGAGACAUGCAUGGAGACCUUCCACAGAUAUCACAAGUACUUAAAUUACUCCCACCCCCUUAUCAGGGAACAUUUCGAUCCUGAUGCUUGUGGAUGGGCAUUCGGGAUGAAUGUUUUCGAUUUGGUAGAGUGGAGGAAGAGAAAUGUAACAGGCAUUUACCAUUAUUGGCAGGAAAAGAAUGUAGACCGGACACUAUGGAAACUUGGUACAUUGCCACCCGGACUGCUUACAUUCUAUGGGUUGACAGAACCGUUGGAUCCGUCGUGGCAUGUGUUAGGAUUAGGCUACACAAAUGUCGAUCCUCAGAUGAUAGAGAAGGGCGCCGUGCUUCACUUUAACGGUAACUCGAAGCCAUGGCUUAAGAUUGGGAUAGAGAAGUACAAGCCCCUUUGGGAGAAAUACAUUGAUUAUAAUCAUCCUCUACUGCAAAGCUGCAAUUUCCAUUGAUUUAUAUGAAACAUCAAUUUCGUUUUCCCCUGUGAAGAUUGCUGUUUAAGAAUAUCAGAAAAUUCUGGGGACAUUAUGCUUGAACGUGCCCAUUUUAUCACAAAAUCAAGCAUGUGCAUGGCGAGUAGGUGUAUCACGAAUAUUUGAAUCUUCAGUUUCCCGUUGUAGCACAGAUCCUUUAUAAUAGAUAGUUGGCCCUGAUGUUUUGAAUACAAUUUGUGUCCUUGGGAAGAGCAGUAAACCCAUUUUGUUGUGCCAUUAACGGCAAUUGAUAUUCGAUCUUUGUACCAGUCAUGCUCCCCAUAAAUAGCCUUCCUAACUUGACGAUUUUGAAUUUGGAAGUUUAGUUCUUGGGAAGUUCGCACUCCCUGUUAUUAGUGUAUUGAUAGAUGCAAUUUUCAUUCCUUUUCUGAAA